GGUUUGGUUUCUGGUUUCUCUCAUCCUUAGUCGGUCUUUCCUCAUCUUUUCUCCAGUGCCUAUCGUGUCUGCGUAUCGACUCUGAGGCUCAAAUCUAUUGAGUUUGUACAAUCGGAACAAACUGGAACUAACUUGAAGUUCAAAUGGGAGAAGAAGAAGCAUAUAUGCAUCCGGAGACGGAUACGAACAAGAGGAAGUGGGAAGAAAUCCAGCUCGCGAAACAGAAAGCUCAGGAAAUUGUGGCUCGACUUGUUAGUGAUGCUGGAUCCAAGAGAACUCGCCUCGACGACUCCUCAGAGUCAUACUCCGGAGAUUUUCAAUCCAACUCCUCAUUUUCAGACCAUGCCCCAAAGCCUUCUGUUCAGCCUACAAUGAAUUCACAAACAGGAGCCUUUCCGUUUGCUGCACAAUCAGGUUCAUAUCAUGCUUUCCAAGGCACCAGUAAGAAAAUAGAGAUACCAAAUGGCAAGGUUGGAGUUAUCAUUGGGAAAGGAGGGGAAACGAUAAAGUAUCUUCAGCUUCAGUCAGGGGCUAGGAUCCAAGUAACCAAGGAUACAGAAGCUGAUCCAUAUGCUGAGACAAGACUUGUAGAAUUGUCUGGUACACCAGAGCAAAUUAGUAGGGCGGAACAACUAAUAAAGGAUGUUCUUGCAGAGACAGAUGCAGGGGGAUCUGGUCCAUCUGCAAAUCGUGGAUUGUAUCCUAUGCAACAAGGAGGUGAACAAGUUACGAUGAAAGUUCCAAAUGACAGGGUUGCUUUGAUUAUUGGUAAAGGUGGUGAAACCAUAAAGAACAUGCAAAGUAGGUCUGGAGCUCGUAUUCAGAUUAUACCGCUACAUCUUCCUCCGGGUGAUACUUCAACAGAAAGAACAGUAUAUAUAAAUGGAACUACUGAACAAAUUGAUUCAGCCAAAGAAUUGAUCAAUGAACUAAUCAGUGGGAAUCGUGUUAGAAACACAUCAUUCUCAGGUGGUUAUGCACAGCCGGGAUACCGAUCAACUGGAAACUGGGUUCCACCGGGGCCACCUCCAAUGCAACAGCCUGCAUAUGGGUUUGCACAGCCUGGAACAUAUACUUCACCACCUCCACCCUACUAUGGCAGCUAUCCUCCACCAGCUGGAUGGGAUCAGUCAAGCUCAUCGACUGUGCCUCCACCACCUCAGCAAGCCACUGGGUACAAUUACUAUGGACAGCCAACCCAGACAGGAUCUGUGCCACCUGAUGUAAGCUAUGGGUAUGGUCAAACCCCUUCAGCUGCCAGCCACGGCUAUGAUCAGGGUUACGCUCAGCAGACACAAACUUAUGGACAGGAUGCUAUAACACAGGCCCCUCAACAAGAUCAGCAAAAACCUUACGCAGCUCCAGGGUAUGGGCCGCCCUCUAUACCACCUCAAUUGGAUGGGACAACUGCACCUCAGUCUUCAACCCAACCACUGUCUGCAUAUCCGGCCCCUUACAAUCAGCCACAGGCAGCCUCAAUUGCUGGGUAUGGGACUCAGAGCUAUCCUGCGGCCCCAACACAUCAACGUGGGUAUGAUCAGACAGGAUUCACUCAGUCGGGGUAUGGAGCACAGCUACCAGUCCCUACUACGGCGCAGCAACCGGCUCCACUCCCUCCGCCAGCUCAUAUUCAACUCCCUACUUCACAACCAGCUUAUGGUCAAGCUGGGUAUCCUCCACAGCCAGCCCCACUGCAGUCCAGUUAUGUUCAGGGUACAAAUACUCCUGUUUAUGGGCAGUUACAGCCUCCCCUGGCAACCCAUGGGUAUUCGCAACCAGUGGCCUAUGGAGUAGAAAGAAAUGGAGAGGGAAAUAGUGCUACCCCAAGUUAUGGCUCUGCACCUGUGUCACAGGAAUCCACUCGUCCUCAAAGCUGAAGCAAUCAAUGGAUGGGAAACAGAGGUUCUAGAAUAGGGAACUCCUAUUCAAAUCCUGUUCCUAACUGCAGCUUUCUGCCAUAGAAAAUGGUCAGAAUUGGUGUUGAGUUAGAUUGGGAGUAGUUUUACAUGUUGAAUAGCUCAUUUGAAGACAAGGAGGGAGGGACUUGUCUGUGAAGCUUAAUGUUGGGGUGAUUUCCUUGAGUUGUUUAGCUUCAAUGGAUGAAUAAAGAUUGUGGGCAUAUUCGCACAUUCUAUUUUCUCUUGGGGGUGUGGUGUUUAGAUUUUGCGGUUGUUUUGUGAAAAUCCAGGGGAAAGAACUUUAUUAGAAACUAGGAGUGCUAGUAUAUCUAGUGUCCUUCAAAGUAGUUCAGAUAUUACUGUAAUUAAGUUUUUCUGUUUUAUUAAAAUCUUAAUAAUUUUAAGAUUAAGAUUAUUAA